ACUUCCUCCAACAUAGUCCUCCUACUCCUAAUCCUUUCAAAGAGUUCCACUCUGUGGUGACUAAACCUUCAAAUAUCUGAGCCUAUAGGGGCCCUUCUCAUUCAGACCACCACAGAAAACAUGAAGCUCCCUGAGACCCUUGCUAAUUUUUUUCCUGUUCUCACACAGCACCUAUGCUGGGAAUACAUGACAGACACAUCUGUGAGACGCCCUCUGUUGCUGAAGCACACGGAUGGAUGGUGAGCUCCCUGCACCAAACUUCAGCAGAUCAUGGUGAAUCGGCUUGACCUUCUCUUAGGCGUGAUCUUCAUGGCCACCCCCAUGCUGGGAUUGUCUCCCUGUUCUUCUGACGGCCAGAUAGCCUUACUUCGCAAUUGUAACCUUACCCAGAUUCCCUGGGUCCUCCACACCACUGAGAGGCUCCUACUCAGCUUCAACUAUAUCAGUAUGGUCAACGCCACAUCAUUUCCAUUCCUGGAGCAGCUCCUGCUGCUGGAGCUGGGAACCCAGUUUGUACCCAUGACCAUCGGCCAGGAGGCCUUCAGAAACCUGCCCAACCUUAGGAUCUUGGACCUGGGCCAAAACCAGAUUGAAGUCUUGAGUCCGGAUGCUUUUCAGGGACUGCCCCAUCUCUUGGAACUCCGCCUGUUUUCCUGUGGCCUCUCGAGUGCUGUGCUAAGAGAUGGGUACUUCAGAAAUCUAAGUUCGUUAGCUCGCUUAGACCUGUCCGGAAACCAGAUCCACAGCCUUCACCUCCAUUCUUCAUUCCAGGGACUGAACUCCUUACAAUCCAUAGAUUUUUCCUUCAAUGAAAUAUUCACUUUAUGUGAGGAUGAACUCAAGCCCCUGCAGGGCAAAACGCUGUCUUUCUUUGGCCUCAAAUCAACUAGCCUGUUCAGCAGGGUCUCUGUGGCCUGGGAGACAUGCAGGAACCCAUUCAGAGGCAUGUGGCUGGAAAUGCUGGAUCUUUCUUCAAAUGGCUGGACAGUGGACAUCACAGGGAACUUCAGCUACAUCAUCCAGGACAGCCAGGUCUCCUCUUUGAUUCUCAAGCAUCACAUAAUGGGGUCUGGCUUUGGCUUCCAGAACAUCAAAGACCCUGACCAGAACACAUUUGCUGGCCUGGCUAGAAGUUCGGUGACAUUCCUGUACCUUUCACACGGUUAUAUCUUCUCCCUGAAUUCCCGGGUGUUUGAAACGCUGAAAGAUUUGCAGCUUCUGAACCUCGCUUCCAACAAGAUAAACAAGAUCGCAGAUAACGCGUUUUAUGGACUUGACAGUCUCCAGGUUCUCAACGUGUCAUGUAAUCUUCUGGGAGAACUUUAUAAUUCCAACUUCUACGGGCUGCCCAAAGUAGCCUACAUCGACCUCCAAAAGAACCACAUUGGGGUCAUUCAGUACCAAACAUUCAGAUUCCUGAAAAACUUGCACACCUUGGAUCUCCGAGAUAACGCCCUUAAAACCAUUAAUUUCAUUCCAAGCAUACCGACUGUCUACCUGGGCGGCAAUAAGCUGGCGGAUCUGCCACACAUCCGCUUCAUGGUCAACUUCAUCCAGUUGUCUGAGAACAGGCUGGAAAAUCUGUCCGACCUCUACUUCCUCCUGGGCCUUCCCCAGCUCCAGUUUCUCAUCCUGAAUCAGAACCGUCUUUCUUCCUGCUGGGAAGUCCAGGCGCCUUCAGAGAACCUGAGCUUGGAACAGCUUUUCCUUUCAGAAAACAUGCUGCAGCUUGCCUGGGAGACUGGCCUCUGUUGGGAUGUCUUUAGAGGCCUAUCCCGCCUCCAAAUCCUGUAUCUGAAUAGCAACUACCUUAAUUUCCUCCCGCCGGGAGUAUUUAGCGGCUUGGUUUCGUUAAGGUUGCUCAGUCUUAAUGCUAACAGGCUGACCACUCUCUCUCCCGGCAGUUUACCUGCUAACUUAGAGAUUCUUGAUGUAUCUAGAAAUCAGCUUUUCUCUCCGGAUCCUGGGUCAUUUGCUUCACUUAGCGUCUUGGACAUAAGGCACAACGAGUUCGUCUGCCAAUGCGAGCUUAGCCCUUUCAUCAUCUGGCUCAACCAAACCAACGUCACCCUGCUGGGCUCUCCGACAGACGUAUACUGCAUGUACCCUGACUCGCUGCUAGGGGUCUCCCUCUACGACAUCUCCACCAAGGACUGUGACGAAGAGGAAGCAUCGCAGACCCUAAAGUUCUGCCUUUUCCUCCUGUGCACCGUCACCUUGACCCUGAUCCUCGUCACUACCCUGAUAGCCACAAAGUUCCGGGGUGGCUGUUUCCUGUGUUACAAGACCAUUCAGAGGCUGGUGCUCAGGGACAAGGUCCGGAGUUCGGAACCCAGCGCAUACAGAUACGAUGCCUACUUUUGCUUCAGUAGCAAAGACUUCGAAUGGGCACAGAAUGCUCUGCUAAAACACCUGGAUGCUCAGUACAGUUCCCACAACAGACUCAGGCUGUGCUUUGAAGAAAGAGACUUCAUCCCUGGGGAGAACCACAUCUCCAACAUCCAGGCAGCUGUGUGGAGCAGCAGGAAGACCGUGUGUCUGGUGAGCAGACAGUUCCUCAAGGAUGGCUGGUGCCUGGAAGCCUUCCGGUAUGCCCAGAGCAGGGGCCUGUCUGACCUCAAGAGCGUUCUCAUCGUGGUGGUGGUGGGGUCCCUGUCCCAGUAUCAACUGAUGAGACAUGAGACUAUCAGAGGGUUUCUGCAAAAGCAACAGUACUUGAGGUGGCCCGAGGACCUCCAGGACGUUGGCUGGUUUCUCAAUAAACUCUCCGGGCACAUACUGAAGGAAGAAAAUGGAGAGAAGAGAAACAAUACCAUUCAGUUGCAAACCUUAACAACCAUUUCCUAGUGGAAGGAGCCCUUCACAAGAGCCACAAAGAACUUUCCACAUUGUACGUGCACAUGCCAUUGCAUGUACAGAAGUUGUUUUCUGACUAUGAGAACGUCAUCAAUCUCUCGAUUUUCAGGUCACUGACCUCCAAAUGGAAAAGUAUAGGUCCAGAAAGCUUCUAGAGGGUCCCACUCACCAUCCGUUUCCUUUCAGGCCCAAUAACACUGUUCCCUCCCAGCCUCCUGGAUGGUGAGCGCACCUACAGGAGUGGUUUCACACUUCCUGUACGGCUCAGUUCAAGAACAGGCUGCUGGGUGGUCCUGAGUUCUUGACACUGUAGAACAUGCACAGGCGAGCCGGGGCCUUCAAUGGCCGUAGGAGUGAGGCCAGUGUCUGAGUGAUGGCGGCGGCAGCAUCGCUGUGGCCGCGGUGAACUCGCUUCCUGAUGUGAUGCAGCAGGUCCAGCUUUUUUGUGGGUCACAGCCAUCUUCUGCGUUGUCACCCGGCGCUCAUGCCCUUCACAACUUAGCACCAGCCUGGCCAUGCCACUUUCUUCCUACAACUGCAUGACAGCUGUAGUGUCCGAUACACAACUGUGAGGAAGAUGUGGACUUCACACACUGUUUUCUUGCUGACUAUGCAGUUUCUUUCUUUUCUUUUUUUUUUUUUUUUUGUUUUUGGGUUUUUUUUUGUUUUGUUUUUGCUUUUGUUUUUUCGAGACAGGGUUUCUCUCUGUAUUGUUUUGGAGGCUGUCCUGGAACUCACUCUGUAGACCAGGCUGGUCUUGAACUCACAGACAUCCGCCUGCCUCUGCCUCCCGAGUGCUGGGAUUAAAGGCGUGCCUGCAGUUUCUUAACUGUGUAACUUGAGCGUGUUAUACCAUGGCUGGGCUGCAGUGUUCUCUCCUGUCUGCCUAACAAUAUCUACCUCAUAAAUACGCUGCAAAUGCUCAUUGACCAGGAAUGCCAUGGCUUCUCCGAUAUUUUUUUUAAUUGCCCUAAUGACCACAGAAGAAGACUCAAAUUCAAAGGCCCCUGGGGACUGUAGAGAUUUCUUUGAAUUUGUAUUUUUUUUUAUUUUUAUUUUGGUUUUUCGAGACAGGGUUUCUCUGUAGCUUUGGAGGCUGU